CUCAAACUCAAGAUGGCUGACACUUGUUGGUUUUGAUAUUUGUAAGCCAGUUUUUCGGUCGAAUUUUAGUUAUAUCGGCGGUUUGAAUUUUUAUUUUCGUUGAAUACCAUUAGUGAUGUGCCUUGGUGCUGUGUAGUUACCCAUUAGAAGUCUACACAGUAAUGUUAUUUAGUGAAAUCGCCAGAAAUGACUGCUUCCGUGGACGUUCAUUAUUUACAAUUUCGUACUAUAAAUAUAUCCUUUUUGUUGAUAUAAAUGGAUAACUCAGUAUCAUCAACCGACAGCAACAGCCCGCCGCCGUUGUGCAUGAACGGUUCGACGAGGCGGCCGUCUCCGAGUCCCGGCUUGCCGGCGACGGGCGGCGCGAGGCGGCCCGCCUCCCUCAUGGAUCACAGUCAAUCGCCGACGCACGCGGUGCGCGUCGUGGUCAAUCGCGACGACAAGGGCUACGGCAUGAAGGUGUCGGGCGACAAUCCCGUCUACGUGCAGAGCGUCAAAGAAGGUGGCGCGGCCGAAAAGGCAGGUCUUCACGCCGGGGAUAAAAUCAUCAAAGUCAAUGGGGUUAAUGUGAUGUCGUCGACGCACACCAAGGUCGUCGAACUCAUUAAGUCUUCCUCUCAAGUGGAAUUAACCGUACAACAAAGGUCCAGCAGCGUCCUAAGGACUAUAGGUUCUCCCAGUUUGCUUAGUCGCUCAAUAACAUCUCCGAUAUCUUCGAGAAUAACGGGCCCUCAACCAGUCGACAACGAGAAGCAACACCAAUUGCAAUUAGAAAAAGAGAACCAUUAUAGAUUAAUGAUAGAGAAUCAACAGCAAUACAUCGAUCGUCUUCGCAGUCAACUGGCAUCAUCGCCGGACGAUAAGAAGUUCCAGGAGCUGGCGAAGACCGAAAGGAAUCUGCGCAAGUUGCAGAUGAUGUUAGAAAGAAGCCAAAGCGAGCAACAAACUCAACACACCGACUCCCCCGCUUUGUCCCGUCCGAACGUCCCACCCCCGUCGUCGCCCAACGGCAACUCCGACGCGCCGCCGCCCCUGCCCAAACGCAACCACCAUCCGGGCGGGCGGCGUCGCGCCGCCACCGAUCCCACCAAACGCGCCCCGAUCGACGGCAAAUCGCCGUCGGUCGUCGAUUUCCUCCGUAACGAAAUUAACGCCAACGCCGCCCAGGCGGCCUCGAACCAUCCCGACCGACCGCCACCCUUGCCGCCCAGAAAUUCCGCGCCCUUGCCCUCGGAGGACGCGGUCAACUCGAUUAACAAACAAAUGUCGUACCCGUUAGUGGCCACGUGCGCUACGCUAGUUAACGAUGAUUCGCCGAAUCCCACUCACCACAGGACGAAAUCCAGCCCGGAGAAUUUGCUGACGCUCCAAAACAACGAAGGCCACAUGAAACUGUCGGAGAGCAUGAACGAUCUGAGCAGGCACGACGAGUGGGACACGCCGCCCGGCACGCCGCCCCCGCCCUAUCCCAGCCCGCAGCCCCACCGCCGGGACGUCUCCGGCGUCGAUAACGUCGAAGAGGAUUCGCCGGAUACUUCUUUUCGAAGUAACGGUAGCAGAAUGACGACGUGCGGUUCGCCCAUUCACGCGGCUACGCCUCAGAUGUGUCAACAGCCGAUCAUGAGUAUGGAGGACGACGAGAUCUCGGACGAUGAAAUAAGCCAAUUAGAGGAUCACGGUUAUUUCAAGUCGUUAUCGAGGCUCUGGGAGCACCUACCGCACCUGGCAGUAUUCACCAAUUACAUACUAUCGAAUUCCGAUCCCAACGGCUUGUUGUUCUACCUCCUCACCGAUCUUUACAAAGAAGGCAACGCCAAGGAGAUGCGAAAGUGGGCGUUCGAGAUCCAUUCCAGUUUUUUAGUACCAGGCGCCCCGUUGCGAAUAGGCAACGUGGACGAGAACAUGGCGCGCGAAAUCGACGUGGUGCUGGCCAACGAAUUCGACAAGGAGGAGAUCCUGCGCAAGAUCUUCUGGAAGGCCAGGCUGAAGGCCAAAGAGGAGCUGACCCGGCAAUUGGCCGACUUCCAGCAGAAGAGGACGGCCGGUUUGGGCACGCUCUACGGCCCGGCGGAUCAGAUACUCGCCGAGGUCUACAACGACAAGGCGAAGGAGAUGCGCCUCUACGAAUCGCUGUUCCUCAAGAAGCUGGAGCCCUAUUUGGAGGAGAUCGACAAGGAGAAUUGCGACGCGAAGCGGUACUAUACGGCGGCCGCUUUGACCACCGUGCUCAUUAGGAUAUUUCAAAUACGGCCGACGGCUACGAACAUCAUCGAUAGGUGUCCUAUAUUCGUGAAUAAGGAGAAAUCGUUUAGGACGAAGCUCAUCGCGAAAUACUCCAAAAAGCAAAACUUCUUGGGCCACCAAUUUACGGCGCAACAAUACUAUACUGUGAUAAAUUGUAAUAACUGCCAUUGCAUCCUGUACGGAAUCGCGCCGCAAGGUUACCAGUGUUCGAGUUGUCUCAUCAAUCUUCAUAGGAAUUGCAUAAAGAACUUCGAAGAUCCCUGUCCCGGUCCGAUGAACAAAAAGGACAGCAGGGGCAUUAUGAAGCUGAUCGGCAUGAGGCACGACAUGAACGAGCACAGGAAUAAGAAGAGCAACCAAUUUUUGUUGAUGGAAAGAGACGCGUCCGAGAACGAUCUAAAACAAACGCACCCAGUGUCUCGAAGCGGGUCCGACAGAAGGCCGGAUGCCGUUCGCGAAGAGGGUCUCAAGCAACAGGACUCCACCAAGACGGAAUUCUCUCACGAUGUCCUCGGCGAUAGAAUGGAGGGCCCCAACAUGGCCAGCAGUACGAUACUCCCUGCUGCUGGCAAUCAAAGGAAACACCACAGUAACAUCAACAGAUCGGAAAGUGUGAAAGAACAGUCUGAAAAGAGGAAACAAAGGCGAAACAUCAGUGACCCCUCGCACAAUACCACAAGCGGAGAUGUCGAUUUGGAACGGAACGCAGCUUUGUCGAACACGGAUUCGGGAAGUUCAUCGAAUUCCAGUAUCUCAUAUAAUGGCAGAUUGUCCGAAAGUCCGAGCAACAGCGUUGAUGUAGUACAAGGUGAAGCGAGGCGAAGAAAUUUAGACUCAGACAGCGACAUCGACGCCGAUUCGGAAUGGCAGGCCCUAGUCUCACCCGAAGAAUUCAAAAACCUCUCGCCGCAGGAGAAAAAACGCCAAGACGUGAUAAACGAAUUCUUCCACACGGAGAGCUCGCACGUGCGCAGCCUGAAGGUCCUCUACAAGAUCUUCUACAAGAAGAUCCAGGAGAGCCAGACGCUGAAGCCGGACGAGCUGCAGCUGGUGUUCCCCAACAUCAAGGAGCUGCUCGACAUCCACAACGAGUUCAGCAAGGAGAUGAAGCGCAAGCGAAAGGAGGACCCGUUGAUCGGCGAUUUGGGCGCGCUGCUCGGCAACAUGUUCGGCGAACGGUGCGGCGAAUCGCUGAAGAGGGCCGCCGCGAAUUUCUGCGAGCGCCAGCAGAUGGCGCUCGAGUUCAUCAAGAAGCGCCGGGAGAGGGACUCGAAGUUCGACGCGGUGCUGUUGGAGUGCGAGAAGAAGCAGCAAUGCAGGCGGCUGCCGUUCCAAGGCAUCCUGCCGACGGAGAUGCAGAGGCUCUCGAAGUACCCGUUGUUGCUCGAACGGCUGAUCCACAGCGUCGAGACGAACAAGGAGGCGGACGCGGAGAGGGCGCAGCACCUGGUCGACGAGGUGGCGAAGCUGAGGAAGGCGCACCAUAUGUCGAAGGAGAUAUUGAAUCACGUGAACGAGGCGGCCAAGGUGGCGCACAACAAACAUAGACUGGAAGAGAUUCAAAGGCUAUUGGAUACGAGCAGCUUCGAGAGGGCCGAUCACGCCGUCGUGCAGGAGUUUAGGUCGAUAGAUUUAACGAAAUUUAGGUUAAUUUUAGAAGGGGGUAUGCUGCUGAGGCGACCUAACAAACCCCUCGUACCGGUACACAUUUUACUUCUAGAGGAAGCGGUUAUUAUUCUCCAAAAGGAUAACGAUAAGUUUCUCCUCAAGUUUUUCCAAUCGAAUUCGCAAACGCAACUACAACCGUUUUCUCCCAUUAUUAAAAUGAAUACGCUUUUAGCGAGAGCCAAUGCUGCAUGCAAGAAUGCACUGUUUCUUGUAAAUACGGCAGCAAAUAACAGUCAGAUGUACGACCUCGUCGUCGAGGACGAAAUCAAACGUGAAAUAUGGUUUAGGCACUUCUCGGACGCCACCGAGUCGUACAAGAAGCGCCAGGGCAAGUCGUCGGACCGGCAGGAGCCGUCGUCCGAUUCGGAAUCGGAGCUGGUGCAGGACCUGCCCGACGCCGAGGAGAUCGCCCAACGGGCGGAGGCGAUCGGCGGCGACGAGGCCGCCGCCGUCGCGGCGACGCCGCCAUCGCAGGAGCCCGGCGAGCGGGAGGAGCCGUCCGAAGGGGCGGGCGACGAUCGAGAAGCGGACGACAGGGAAUCGGAACCGUCGCCAGAUAUGGUCGUUGGUGGUGGUAUACAAACAACGAAGGUUAGCGCCGAGGAAUGGCCGUUGAUACAACCGUCUCAGGUCAGCGUCGCCGUACCUCCCGUUCACACGGCCGAAUCCAUGCUCACACCUUUAGAACAAAUCCGUCGCAAGGACGCGACGGUGAAGCAGGCGCUCGAAGACAAGGAGGGCCUGGUGGCCGACAUGCUGAGCAUACCGCGCGAGCACUUCGAGCACAUCGCCGACAUGGCCUCGAUGGAGCCGGCGCCGUCGGCGGCGGCGUCGUCGUCGUCGUCGUCGGGCGGACGCGAUCCGUCGGAGAGGGUGCUGGCGUCGAUAUUUCGCGUCAAUCAACUGCAAAAGGCUGUGAACGAUUCGUUGAACGUGACCGAGGCGGAGGCGGCGGCCGCCAAGGGCGGCAGGUAUCCGGCGUGCGCCGCCCGACGGGCCCAAUCGCCCGAUCGACGACGGCCCAACGUUCCGACCGUACCGACUGCUUUAGUUAGGGAAAUUGCGAGCUCUCUUAGUUCACAGCUUACGAUCCUCUUGAGCGAAGUGAAACAAAUCGAAGACGAGAGAGACAUGUUGAGGAAGGAACUUUACAAAGUAAGAGAAAGACUGCACGAAGAGAAUAAUCUUCAUAGUCCAAUACCGGUUGAUGACGACAAUAUAACUGAAGGUGCCUUAGAUCAGAGCACUCUCAACGAUAGUAUACAGUUGGUGUCGAAAAGCGAUUGCGAAGACGACGAGUAAUGAACUGAUGGCCUAAGCAUAUUUGGAAGUCAUUAUCAUUUUAAUUAUUCUUUUUUGUACUAAAACUUUUUUUUUGGCCUUUUUGCAUGGAUAAUCUAAGCAGUGUAAAUUAAUAUUUAUAUUUAUAUAUACAUAUGUAUACAUUACCUAACAUAAUAUAAAAAGGUAUUACUUAUAUAUUUUUAUAAAGAACAAAGAAAUGUGAUUAUACACGAUUGGUUUCCUUGGAUGUUCCGGCGACUGUUUAAAAAAAGACCCGUUUUUUUUUGGAAUUUUCGUAUCAGUGCAAUAAAUGCUUUUGUGUUUGUGGGAAAAGUCGCCAGACGAACGUUGAGGCAACAUUUUGUAAUUUAUGUGUAAAUAAUGUAGCAUAGGUUUUUAAAAAUUUUGUUAAAGCGCAGAAUAUCCUUGCAUAUAACGCGUAAUUAAUCGCCAAACAAAAAUAUAUCCAUUUGAAUACUUUUUUUAUACAUAUUUUUUAAAUUGUUUUUAGUAAGAAUUGUAAAUAAAUAGUUAUAUUUGGGUUAUUCUGUAUGAUGUAUAGGGUCUUUCACGACGAUCAUCGUUGUUUAAUCUAGAUGUACGUAAGUACCGAUUUUUGGUAUAAAAGAUUGUCAGUAAAAAUAAAAGUAUGUAGUUCUGGGAAUAAAUCAGUUAUCAAUAAAUGUAGAAUGUUUAUAAAACUUCAUUUUCAACCCAAUGUACGAGUAGUUUAUGUAUAGUUUUUGAAAUUAAACUAUUAAGCAAUUAUUUAGACAUUUAGUUGAUAAAUUAUCUAUUUCAACCGUAACUUUUACACAGAAAAUUUCCUAUUUAAUUGGCGUUGAAAAUAGAGUAAAUGUAAUUUUUUAUGUACGCAUUAUACUGUUUUAUUUUUGGUACUAUUAUAUAAAAUUUUGUUACAAUUGUCCUAACUAAAUAUUUACCUAAUAUGCAACAUGAACAUAUUUUACUUGAAAAAUUCAUCGUGAUGACCUCUGUAUUUAUUAUUUAUAAAACGGUUCUCAUUUUACCUGAUAAUAGUAUUGUAUUUAUUUGUUGGAAAAAAUUUAAUUCAAUUGGUGUAUUUUAAAGGAAUGUGUGGGUGUGUUAUACGAUAUAACAAUACCAGUGUUGUUGUUUUAAAAAAAAUGUUAAUCGUUUCAAAGAUCAUUUUGAUUUUACGUGAAAUACAACUAAUUCGAUUAGGUAAUUGAAUUAAAAAUUACUGGAAUCCACUGGAUUGUUCCCUUUUUUUAAUGCUUUUAGCUGAUCUAAUUGGUUGAAAUGAAUUUUGAAAAAAAAUUAGGAGAUCCGUGUUUUAUGAUUACUGAUGAAAUAUGUAUAAAAGUGCCUUUGAAGCACCCUUUGUUGUUCAUAUACCGCUUUUGUAUAACGCUUUACCCCAUUGUGCGUUUUGUUUAGGUGGUAAAAAAACAUUUUUGAAAAAAAUCGCUCGCAUUUAAAUAUUCGUAGAUGUACAAUAUUUUAAUUCUUUUUUUACUUUUUUUUUGUCUUUACUCAAUAGUCGGAGAAAUAGCAACACAUUCAAUUUGUUAUCAUGCAAUUUAUACAAUCAGAAAUAACGUUUUAUUAUAAAUAAAAUUCUUCAAAACUC